AUGCAGGUCUCCAUUGCGUUCAUGGACUCUCCGAAUUUCUCGUCAAGCAUUGCUGAUUCUCCAAUUUUAUGCAACUCCAGCGGAGACAAGCGUCGUGCCUGGACUCCCGAGGACGACGCUGUCAUUUUUCACUUUGUGCGAGACUAUGGCACUAAGCACUGGGCCAAGAUCGUGACUCUCUUACCUGGUCGCACACCCAAGCAAUGCCGCACUCGAUGGCUCAACUUUCUCGACCCAAACAUUGACAAAGCUCCGUGGCGAGCGGACGAGACGCAACUCAUCUUGGCGGCUCAGGAGCGGCUGGGCAACCGUUGGGCCGAGAUCGCCAAGUUGCUGCCAGGCAGGACGGAUAACGCCAUCAAAAACCACUGGUACUCGACCCACCGUCGUCGCUGCCGCCUAGCAGCGAAACUUCACGGUCGAGUUGAAGAAAAUUGGCCAGAACCGAUGGAAAACGAGUCCUUAUCGAUGACAAUACAGAAACGGGAGUGGAUUCAACCUGCAGUUUUUCCUUCAGCCCCAAUGUGGAACGGAUCCGCAAUUACUGCUUCGACUGCGCUGAAUAUGACGUCUCUCUUACCGAUAAGCUCUCAAGUUGGAUUUGGCUCUAGCAUCCCGACGUUGUUGUCGCCGUUGAGGUUGUCUUCAACAGAGACUUUGAAGGCAACGCCAUCGCCGGUGACGUUGUUGCCGUCGCCGAGGCUUCUCUUUCCAGUGGAGAGUGAAUCGUCAGUGCUACUUCCCCCCAUGUCACGCGUGAGACUUCGAAUACGUUGUGAAAGUACGGCGGCCGCGAUAGAUACGCUUCCGAUGGCGGAAAAUCCAUGGGAGGACAAGAAACGGUGGAUAAGGAAGUCCAGAGUGGAGGCUUUGCGACAACAGGCAACCCCGGGACGAGAACGCAUUUCGCACAUGAAAUGUGAAAAUCGCAGCCGCUGCGAUUUCCCAGGCUCGCAGAAGUUAUGGUGGGACCAUAUUGACACGGAUGUGAAAGCGAAAGAAACUGAGGAUUACAGUACCAAUCCUGCUGCUGCACCAGGCUUGUUAAAUGCGACUCUGGCUAGUCUGUGGUGUUAG